CUGAUCAGCAGUGUGAGACUGAGGGUUUAAGACUCGGACUAAACCGGAUCUGUGGAUCUGGAGCAACACCAACACUCUCAGUACUGGAGGUAGUUGUGGACAUGCUGAUCCGUGUCUCUCUCAGUCUGGUGUGUGUGUUGGGACUCCUGAACACACACACACUCGGAUCCGAGCUCAGUACCCCGCCCGACGGAGCAGAGCUGGCGGUGCUCCCUCACUUCACUGAGUGCCGUUCCAGGGAGCAGGAGACGUUCCGAUGCUGGUGGAGCUCCGGCACGCUGUCGAACCUCAGUGAACCCGGAGCGCUCGGCGUCUUCUACAGAAAGGGGCAGCACGGGGAGUGGCACGAGUGUCCUGAAUACACCCCGUCGGUUCUGAACGAGUGUUACUUCAACAAGACCUUCACCAGCGUGUGGACGGUUUACUGUCUAGAACUACGUUCAACCACUCAGAACGUCACCUACCACAACAAAUGUUUCACCGUGGAGAACAUUGUGUACCCCGACCCCCCCGUCGGCCUGAACUGGACUCUGCUGAACGUCAGUCGCUCGGGGCUGAACUUCGACGUUCUGGUCCACUGGACGCCGCCGCCGUCUGCCGACACUCAGAUGGGCUGGCUGAACCUGAAGUACGAGGUUCAGUAUCGGGUCCAAAACUCCUCCCACUGGGACAAGCAGGAUUUGGAAAGCGGUACCCAGAAGUCCAUUUACGCUCUGAACACCCACAAUAACUACGAGGUCAGAGUUCGCACCAAACUCUCCUCGUUUGAGAAUUUCGGUGAAUUCAGUGAAAGCAUCUUCGUACAGGCACCGCCGAUUCUGAAUCCAGUUGAAUCAACGUUCCCGAUAAGGAUGGUUCUGAUCGUCAGUGUGAUCAGUCUGCUGAUCCUCCUCACCCUCCUCGUCCUCUCACAACAACAGAGAUUAAUGGUGAUUUUGCUGCCUCCUGUUCCAGCUCCCAAAAUUAAAGGGAUCGAUCCGGAGAUUUUAAAGAAAGGGAAACUGGACCAGCUGAAUUUCUUGCUCAGCAAUCAGCACAUGUACAAACCCGACACGUAUCCCGACGACUCCUGGGUGGAGUUCAUCCAGAUCGACCUGGAUGAAGCGCUGGAGAAAGACGAGAGCUCGGACACGCACCGCCUGCUUGGCCCCGCCCAUCACGGCUCCGCCCACUGCCUGAGGUCCGCCCACAAAGGCGACGACGACUCGGGGCUGGAGAUGGAGACUGACCGCGAGGAGCGUCACCCGCUGGUCGGCAGGAGCGAUUCGACCCCCACCUCCGAAUCCCAAAUCAACAUGGAGAUGCGAAGCGAGGGCGGGAAGAAUUGGGCCAACAUGGACUUUUACGCCCAGGUGAGCGACGUCACGCCUGCAGGGGGCGUCGUCCUCGCUCCGGAGCAGCAGAUCACCACGCCGGUUAAGAAGAAGGACGAAAAGCAUGGAGAGAAGAAGAAUAAUCUGCACGUCCAGCUCAUCGUGGUGGAACCUGACGGAGGAUAUUCGUCAGAGAGCGCCGCCCGCCAGGUUUCCCCCGAAUCCCCGUCCACUCCGGAUCCAGAUCAGCCGUACCACGUUCUUCCUUCCGAGCCAGAAAAAGAGCGCCCCCUACCUUCCACGUUCCCUCCUCUGUCGGAAUACACUGUGGUGCAGGAAGUGGACGAGCAGCACAGCGUCCUCCUGAACCCUAGUUCCGCACCAGCAUCCCAACCCCAAAAUCCUUCGAAAUGCCCCCCCGUGCCCAUCGGGUACCUCACGCCGGAGCUGCUGGAUAAUUUCAGCCCUUGAACGCGUCACGCCCGAACGCUCUGCUUGGAUCCGGAGUUUCCGUUGUCUGGUUCCGUCCAGACGUCGGACACGUACGUAACAUUUCAGUAAUAUGUUCUGCGAAGAAAUGUGUGCAUGGUCGCCCCCUGGUGGUCGUAACCAACAAACUAAGUGGGUUGCUCGUGAUUUUCGGAUUGUCCAUAAAGUGCAGGCAUGAGUUUACUCUGUACUGGGCAUGUGCUGAUGAUAUAAUCACAUAUAAUCAUGAUAUUUACCAUGUGAAGGGGAAAAAGUGCCUCAAUCCCUCAAAAUAUUAUUAAUACUAUAGUCCUAACGGAGUUAAUUUUGUAGUUUAUGAUUACAUAAUAAUAUCAUACACAGCACACAAUACACAAUGUCCCAAUAUCAACUGACACAAAGUUUACUUUCCAUACAGACGCUUAAAAAUAAGGGACAGCAUGUCCUCUAGGUGGCGAUAGUGUGCUAGUAUUAUAGAGUUGAGUAUUUAAAUCGUUCUAAUUAAAACAGACCCGCAAGGAAUCCCCAUUUCAUCCAUCUUGACCACAGAUUUCGUUUUCUGAAGCGCAUCAUGAGCCUCAGUGGUCGGUCACCUUAGUGGACCGGACUAUAGGUGGCGCUAGAGUGCAGCGGUCACAGCCAAUCACAAGGAUAAUCUGUAGUACUUAAAGGUACGUUUGAUUUGCUGAAAAUCUCCAACAAUUUGAAAGAAUUCACACCAAAAACAGAGACGUUUACCCCGACCCGCUCGCUCCACAGGAUCAUCCGAUGGAUUUUCAGACCCUGGUGUUCCGUCCGAAGACACGACUGUACGAAACGAACGCCGAACGUUUGUUCUACUGGCGGCUCACACAAGCAGCUCGAAAUUAAAUAAAAAAAUAAUAAUUCAGCCUGAAUUCAGCUGAAUUUGAAUUGAGAAUGUGAUCCUGUACGUAACAGAAAAGAAACACUUUAUUUUUCCACAAUUUAGUCAUAUCCGAUUUUCAAUUGUGAAUCCGCUGCCGCUUUCACAACCUUCAUUUGAUUACAUCUACAUUUUCGGCAUUUAGCCUUUAUCCAAAGCGUCUUACAGUACUGUGACAGCAUACAGUCUGAGCAAUUGAGGGUUAAGGGCCUUCCUCAAGGGCCCAACAGCUGGCAGUGGUGGGGCUUGAACCAGUGACCUUUUGAUUACUAGUCCAGUACCUUAAUCACUAGGCUACAACUGAUUAAGGACGGCCGGAUCACCACUGUGAGUCGUAUUGCAUGUGGAGAGCCAUGCUAUGCUCCAUGUAACCUCCCCACCCCCAAUCGCGCAGACACCCGGACUGGCACCAGAGAGAGCAUAUCGCAGCAGCAGCGAUUCGAGACGUCCCUACGCUCCCUCACUCAAACAUGAUCAGUUGUGUUUGUGUGGACGCCCGGCCAGGUCGGCAGCUCUGCUACGAUUCCAAAUCACGAGUCCCAAAGCUCCGACUGCUGCACCACCCGUGCACCGAAAAUUCGUUCGUAUUAAAAUACAAUUUUACAAUAAAGAUGAAAACUAGAGUUUUGAACAUUGAAGUGUUUGUUGUGGUGAAAUAUUGUGAUAUUUUUAAUAAAACACGUCUGAAUAUCCGCACAUGCCCAGUUCCCGACGAGCUCAUGCAGAACGCACACUUCAGGACGAGGGACGUUCCCGCCGCGACAGAGUCGUAUUUCUCUCUGACGCCGGUCCUUGAAAACUGCAUCGCCUGAUUUAUGGGAUUGAUUUUAUUAUCGGUCACAAACCCACAGCGCGGAUCGGUCCCUGCAUCGACCGAAAGCGCAGGAGGAGCGGAGAGAGGAUCAGCUCCGUCUGCAGCUCAGGGACUCGAUCUGGGCUCUGAGAUGUACUGGUGAUGGGGGGUACGUCCAAACUACAAAGGGAACGAGGGGCGGUCCGGCGGCUUUAACGCUCAUGUAUUUGAUACUGCAGGCCUUGAUGCUGAAGCCUCUUGUCUUAAUGAACUGAAAUGAAGUUGCACAGACGUUCUGCUCACGGCCUUCAAGCACGUAGCAGCUUUCUGACGACCUGACGACGCGAGGAGGAAAAACGUCGAGAACGGUGGGACACGACCGGCAGGACGAGCUGCUAAUCAGACGGAAAAUAUUCAUAUAUUAUGUUUAAACAGUAAUCGUGAAUGAAACCGAGUGUGUUUCUGCAUUUAGGAUGUUUAAGUUCAGUUUAUUAAUCAUAAUUACUGAUUUAUAAUCACUCGAGCUCUUCAAUCCUCCCAAACUGUUUAUAACAUGUAGGCAUGUGCUGAUAAUCAGUAUACACCAAUCAGCCAUAACAUUAAAACCACCUCCUUGUUUCUACACUCACUGUCCAUUUUAUCAGCUCCACUUACCAUAUAGAAGCACUUUGUAGUUCUACAAUUACUGACUGUAGUCCAUCUGUUUCUCUACAUACUUUGUUACUCCCCCUUUCACCCUGUUCUUCAAUGGUCAGGACCACCACAGGACCCCCACAGAGCAGGUAUUAUUUAGGUGGUGGAUCAUUCUCAGCACUGCAGUGACACUGACAUGGUGGUGGUGUGUUAGUGUGUGUUGUGCUGGUACGAAUGGAUCAGACACAGCAGUGCUGCUGGAGUUUUUAAACACUGUGUCCACUCACCGUCCACUCUAUUAGACACUCCUACCUAGUCGGUCCACCUUGUAGAUGUAAAGUCAGAGACGAUCGCUCAUCUACUGCUGCUGUUUGAGUCGGUCAACUUCUAGACCUUCAUCGGUGGUCACAGGACGCUGCCCACGGGGCGCUGUUGGCUGGAUAUGUUUGGUUGGUGGACUAAUCUCAGUCCAGCAGUGACAGUGAGGUGUUUAAAAACUCCAGCAGCGCUGCUGUGUCUGAUCCACUCAUACCAGCACAACACACACUAACACACCAGCACCAUGUCAGCGUCACUGCAGUGCUGAGAAUCAUCCACCAGGAGGUGGAGGUGUGCAGCAGUAGAAAUGAAAUACGAUCAGCAGAGGUUGCUGUGCACAGGGGAUUUGAGUAUAUCCAAAGCUGGAUGAUGCCAAAACAAUAGAAGGGUAUUAUAACAGUCUCUUAGUGUUGAUAACAAUAGGGGGAGUGUAUAACAGCAUAUGCCUACAUUGUAAAUAAUAAUAUAUUUUUAUUCUGAAACGUUUUGGAAUGAGAGGAAUGAGUGAUUUUGAACGCACCCCGCCGUGCUGCAUUCACUAACAUGUUUCUGUCCUGUAUGUUUAACAGAUAAGCUAUAUUUCAAUUUAAAGAGCUCAUAAUGGGUUUGUGUUUGUGAUCAGAUUCCAAGUGUUAGCGGGAAGAGGGGAGGGGGCUUUCUGAACAGGCUUGACUUACUCUAUAUGGCCAAAAGUAUGUGGACACCUGACCAUGGGCUUAUUAGUCGUCCUACUCCAAAACCAUAAUAAAUUAAUAUAAAUAAACAUGAAUGUAAAUAUCCUUUCCUUCCCUCUGUGUGACUGUAAAAGCCUCCAGUCUUUUGAAGUGCUUUCCACAAGGUUUUGGAGUGUGAAUGUGGGAAUUUGUGUGCAGUCAGUCGAAAGAGGGGUGUCUACAUUCUUUCGGACAUAUAGUGAAUCUUCACAAGAGCCAAAGUUCAUGUGGGUGCGACUUCAACAUUCUAGAGUGUGUUAAGCGUUAGAAUGAAUAUAAAUAUCUAUAAAACAUAUAUUUUUAUUACUCUGUCGAUCUGUGCCAGCCUAGAUGCCUCCAUAAUGCCAACAAAUGCAAACGCUUUAAAGCUUUAAGUCGCUCGGUUUGAUUUGACGGGCGUAGCUUUAUAUUCAGUAUUACUCCUCAUCCUGCAUGAAAACAGACGUCGUACAUAAAGCAACACACCUGAUGCCUGGAUGGUACCUGCACUGUCCGGAUUUUACACCCCUGCCUACUGCUGCCACCCGUGUGUGCCUGUCGGUCUGUACUUCAGCUGCUGGAGAGAUAACGAGUGCCAAAAACAUACAAUUAAGUCAGAAGUUUAUGCACACUUAUCGAGGACUUGCCGUGGAUCCGUACAGACAGUUGUUCUAAAUCUGGAGGGUCAUGCUCUGCUCUGUGUGUUCCUCCACCACUCACAGCAGCACCUGGACCAGACAGCAGGAGUCGCUGUUUCAUCAGCAGUGAGGAGAAUUCGGUGUGUCGCAUAUUUUUCAGGUUUUUAAUGAACCCACAAAAACACAUAAAGGUAUUAAAUGUGUGUUUUUGUUUUCCGAUCCUUCAGUCACAGAAACAAACCAAAUGGAGUGUAUGUAAACUUCUGAGCUGUGCUGUGUGUGAGUGAGCCACAGUGUGUUUAUGUACCUGCUUCAGGUGUGUCUGAGCACGAGUGUGUGUGUGUGUAUGUGUGUAGGUGUUUAAGUGUGUAUCUAGGUGUGUGUGUGUGUAGGUUUGUUAGUAUGUGUGUGUGUGUCUGAGGUGCAUUUAUAUGUGUGUGUAGGCAUGUGUGUGUAUGUGUCUUAGUGUGUGUGUGUGUGUAGAUUUGUGUGUGCAGAUGCGUUCAUGUGUGUUUGUAUAAGUGUAGGUGUGUGUAUGUGUGUGUGUCGGCGUGUGUUGGUUUGUGUGUGUGUGUGUGUGUGUGUGUGUGUGCGAGUGUAGAUGUAUGUUUGUGUGUGGGUAGCUGUGUAUGUGUUGGUGUGUGUAUGUGUGUUUGUGUAGGUGUGAAAGUGUUGUGUGUAUGUGUUUGUAGGUGUGUGUGUAGGUGUAUGAGUGUGUAUUUGUGUGUGUGUGUAUGUGUGUAGCUGUGUGUGUAGCUGAGUGUGUGUGUGUGUGUGAAAUCUUGUCAGGAUCGAUGCUGCUCAGUAACAAAAGUGUCUUAAACCACAGAACUCUGGUAUCAGAUUAUCAGACUGGACCUCAGAUCUCAGAUCGGACUUUUAUCUGACAUGAACGUGUGUGAUGUUGAUCAGAACUCAGCUAGCUGUUAGCUUCAAUUAGCCUCGUAGCAUCUGUGCUAAACUGUUUAACCACGCCGGAUGAUUUUCGGCCAGACGGUCCUCACACACCACUGAGCAUCUCACUCUGGGUUUAUUAUCAGAUCGGUGCUGAUCGGAUCCGUCUGAUAUUGAGGAUAAAAGAAAGGGACUGGUGCAUUGUUAGCAUCUAUGCUAAUUCUGGACUGUACUGUGCUAUCGUUAGCGCUGAUUUCGCUGCUGCUUUCAUCCCAGAAAACAUCAGUACGGGCCCUCGGUGUUGGCCCCUGACGGACGUGUGCUCGAGGGCUAACCUCUGGUCCCAGGCGCCCCGUACUGGUGUGUGUUUACUGGGAUUUUUCACUUCGUGCUCGUGCCGGUCGGUGUGAUGAGGAAGCUUCAGAUCUUCUCUCAGUAUUUUUAUGAACUGAUGAUGUGAGGUGAGUGAGUGAGUGAGUGUUUCCAUCGUUCUGGUGUUUGGAGGACGUGUUUUAGUUCAUUGUGCAGCAUGAAGCUGAAAAUAAAUAUUAAAAUAUUAUAAAUGUUAUUUUUCUGCAGCUCAAUAAAAGCUUUCCUGCUUCACGA